UCACUGAGCUGUGAGGGACAGAGUGACUCUCCUGGAUGGAGAGUGAGACGAUACACACACAGUGGGAGUGUGUCAAAUUGUUCAUCAGACUGGAGAUCAGUUACAGGAUCUACAUGCACCAUCAGAUACCUCUACACAUACCACACUGGAGUGUACUGGUGUCAGUCUGAAUCUGGAGGGAGCAGCAAUCCUGUUAACAUCACAGUGCACAAUGGUGAUGUGAUUCUGGAGAGUUCUGUCCAUCCUGUGACUGAGGGAGAUCCUCUGACUCUACACUGUUUACUUCACCCCACUAUCACAUCACACCUCAGAGCGGAUUUAUAUAAAGAUGGAUCACUCAUCCAGACCCAGACUGCAGGAGAAAUGACCAUCCGUACUGUCUCAAAGUCAGAUGAGGGUGUCUACUACUGUAAACACCCAGAGAGAGGAGAGUCACCACACAGCUGGGUCUCAGUCAGAGAUUUACCCACAACUACACUGACUGUGGAGCCUCAGAGUCCUGUGUUCACUGGAGAGUCAGUCACUCUGAAGUGUGAGGUUCAGGGUUAUGAUGCGUGGACAUAUCAGUGGUAUAAGAAGAAAGCUCAGAGUCAGUGGACUACAGUGUCUCAGUCUGUGUUUGACACUGUAAACAGAGAAACUCUCACCAUCAGUGGAGAUGCUGUAGUUAAUGGGGAUCAGUACCAGUGUAGAGGAGAGAGACAUGACAGACCAACAACAUCAAAGAGCAGUAACAUUGUUACCCUCACUGUACAUGCUGGUGAUUCCUCCUCUCUUGGCCUGGUUGGUUUGACUGUGGGACUGAGUUUGGUCAUGUUCUUCAUCUUACUGACCCUGCUGUGGUGCUACAAAACCAACAAAGAUCUGAGAUCAGCUGCAGAAUCUCUGUGUCGCUGUACUGGGAGUCAGUCAGACAUCAAUCAGACAUCAGAUCAGACCCAGAGAGAGUCAGAAGAAGCUGCCCACAUAUAUGACACAGCUGAGCCAGCAGACAGGAGUGGCACAGAUGAACCUGCAGAUGACUUCAGUGAUGUCACUUACGCUCAGGUCAUGAAACAUAACAAGAAAAGCAGGAAUAAAGACACUGGUGCUGGACCCAGUGAAGUCAUUUAUGCUGAGGUCGAACUGAAACCAAAACAGAAAGCAAAGAAAA